AUGGCAGCUCAGCAGACAAAGGUGGGGUGGGGGAGUGAGAGCAGUGAUGGGAGCAAUUACCAUCACCGUCACAGAUUUCAGAGGCUGUGGGAAAAGCUCGGGUUCCUUUCGACUGGUGCACUCGGAUAUGGCGCCGUGCGGCCUCGCAAACUGCAAUCAGGGACUCCGUGCGAGUACAGAUAUCGCGUACUUGUUGUGUCACGAUCCAGGAACGUUGAAAGCCCUGGCACUUGCUGUACAGUCUGCGUUGUCAAGGAGGAGGGCAAGGGACGGCCCGACCUCUACUCGCAAGCCUAUUCAACUCUCACUUUCCCCCGUCGCUUUGGCUUCUUUUUGGACCUACGUUACGUUUUUCCGCAGAUACUGACGAUGGGAGCUCAGAAUCAUGCAGCCUGGGCGAACCGCACGGGCUGCUUGUCUCACUCCGGAGCGGCUAGCUGGGAAUGCAAGGCGGCCACGAAGGCAAAGCUGGUGAUGAGCAGUCAUUCGGGUGCUCUGAAGCCGUUGCAAUUUCCCAAGACGUCGUCGUCUUCUUCGUUAUCGCGAAUUACCACAAUACAACCGCAAUUCUCAUCUCAACAAUGGAAAACGUCGAGUAAAGUCGCAUUUAUGCUCUUGUUGAGAGAGCGAACAUUUCUCAGGUGUUCCCAUGAAACAUCAGUUCAGGUAGGCAGCGACGUAGUCGUGGAUGAUGUGAACGAUUCGCUGAAAAGGAUGCGGGAACUAGUGGACAUUGCAGGAGGGAAGUCAGAGGGAGUUGAUGAUGCAUCUUUGACGCGGUUUUUAGUAGGAUUUUCUAUGGAUGUAGAGGUGGCGGCCAAGGCAUUUGCAAAGCACCAGGAGUGGGAAGCAUUCAUCAAGCCAAGGGGCUUCAUUUCAGAAACGGAAAUUCCAAAUGAACUGAAUGCAAAGAAGUCGUACUUGCAAGGAAGAGAUAAGCAGGGGCGCCCCAUCAGUGUGAUUCUUGCGCGGAACCAUUUCAACAACAAGGAUGUUGACGAAUUUCGACGUUUUAUUGUUUAUUCGAUGGAUAAAAUUCUUGCAUCGUCGUCGACAGAUGGGAAACUAAAUGUAAUUAUUGAUCUCAAGGGACUUGGAUUGAAAAACUUGGACUCCAAAGCCUUCAUAGAAGGUUUUGACAUCUACCAGUCACACUAUCCAGAGCGUAUCGAGAAAUUUUACAUGGUCAAUGCGCCUUUCAUUUUCAACGGUCUUUGGAAAGUGGUGUCUCCAUUCAUCAGCGAAAUAACUCGCAAAAAGAUUGAGUUUGUUUCGAACAAGAAGGUUGAGGAAGUAUUGCUUACUGUGAUUGACGCUAACCAACUGCCAGUGGAAUAUGGAGGGAAAGCGGAGUUAGUGCUCCUUCAGGAUGCUGUUGUUCCUGGCUGGCCUCCUGUGAUCCUGUGAAACAGGAUGUUGUCUUAUAGGAUUCACAUCCUACCUGGACUAAUAAGAAGUUUUGAAUCUUAAUUCUUUUGGAUUAAAUAGAAUUGAGAUUUGCAUAUUUUUCUAUCUUGUAAGAUACUUCUCUAAAAUUUGAUCAUGAUUUUUUUUAAAGUCU